CAUCAACCUGCAGCUUAUAAAGACAAGCACUGCUCAGCAGGUCGCCACACAGGACCCACACAUUUUACACUCGAUGCGUCGCAAGCACAAAAUCAGGUGAAGACACAUAAUGGAGCUGAAACCUCUCCUCAAGAAGCUGCUGUCGAUACUCCGAGCGAUCUUCACGUUUGUGUUUGCGCUGGCCGUCCUGGGUGUGAUGGUGUGGGCCUAUGUUGAAGGUCAGCAGCUGGUGACCUCCUUGUAUGGAAUCAUCUCCUUCGGCAUUUAUGGCCUUCUGUUGUCGCUCCACGUGCUCGUCCAGAGCUUCUUCGCCUUCAUCGAGCACCGGCGAAUGAAAGCUCGAAAAGCUCCCUGCACCUUCACCAAGACCAUUGGCUUCACCAUAUCGGCCUACCAGGAGGACCCCGUCUACCUCAGAGAGUGCCUCAACUCUGUCCGGGCCCUCCAGUAUCCAUCCGAGCUGCUGCGCAUCGUCAUGGUGGUGGACGGGAAUUCCGAAGACGACCGCUACAUGAUGGAGAUGUUCAGAGAGGUCUUUGCAGACCGGGACCCUGGUUUUUACGUGUGGUACAACAACUACCACACGUGGGAUCCCAACCAGGUCCAGCAGGAUCAGGACACAGCUUCUGUGGGCUCAGGAGUGGAGGCGGACUAUAUUAUAGGAGGAGAGGACCCCCAGCGUAGCGAAGUAGAGCACCUGAUCCAGACCAAGAACUGUGUGUGCAUCAUGCAGAAGUGGGGCGGCAAGCGGGAGGUGAUGUACACCGCCUUCAAAGCCCUCGGAGACUCAGUCGACUACAUCCAGGUAUGCGACUCGGACACCAAGCUGGACACCAUGGCCACGGUGGAGCUGUGCAAGGUGCUGGAGAGCAACCCCAAGUAUGGUGCAGUUGGUGGGGAUGUGAUGAUCCUCAACAUGAAGGAGUCCUACAUCAGCUUCAUGAGCAGCCUUCGCUACUGGAUGGCCUUCAACAUAGAAAGGGCUUGUCAGUCCUUCUUCAACUGUGUCUCCUGCAUUAGUGGACCUUUGGGGCUCUACAGGAACGAUCUCCUCCAGGCAUUUCUGGAAUCUUGGUACAAUCAGAAGUUCCUGGGGACUCACUGCACUUUUGGAGAUGACAGACAUCUUACCAACCGCAUGCUGAGCAUGGGAUACGCCACAAAAUACACAGCUCGCUCCAAAUGCUACACAGAGACGCCGGGUCAGUUCUUGCGCUGGCUCAACCAGCAGACUCGUUGGACCAAGUCCUACUUCCGCGAAUGGCUCUUCAACGCCAUGUGGUGGCACAAGCACCACUUGUGGAUGACGUACGAGUCCAUCGUUUCCGGGGUAUUCCCCUUCUUCGUCACAGCCACCAUCAUCCAGGUGUUUUGGACAGGCUCGCUGUGGGACAUCCUGUGGGUGCUGUGCUGCAUCCAGCUGAUCGGGCUGGUGAAAGCCGCCUACGCCUGCAUCCUGCGCAGGAACGUGGUGAUGGUGUUCAUGUCUCUCUACUCAGCCUUGUACAUGACCAGCUUGCUGCCCGCUAAGUACUUUGCCAUCCUGACCAUGAACAAAAGCAGCUGGGGGACGUCGGGGCGUCGGAAGAUUGUGGGCAACUACAUCCCCCUCCUGCCCUUGUCAGUGUGGACGGCUAUUUUAUUAGCUGGAAUGGUUUACACCAUCUACCGAGAGAGCCAACGGGACUGGUUCACUCCAGCCAAGAGACUAGAAACUCAAUUUCUUAUCUUUGGCUGUUUGGCCUACUUGUGUUACUGGCUGCUGAUGAUGGUUUUAUACUGGGCGUGGUUCCGCAGGUUGUGUCGGCCACGCUCAAAAAGUUACUCGUUGGGUGUGUAGGUCCACGGUGUCCCAGCAAGUUAAUUUAUUACGGUGUCUUAAUAUUUUAAAUUUAUUUAUUUAUUUCCUCUCCAAUCUCAGGGCAAUAAAGGGUAAGCAGCUGCUAAAAUAACAAACACAAUAAAUACAUUCAUGAUAUCAGCAGGACAAACACCUAUAAGGGCAAACUUUUGACAUGGAGAUGAUGUUGCACAUUUUGGUGAAACUGUACUGAGGGCUUCAGGGCCUAUGCACUUACGUUUCUCCUAUUUAACAUGGGAGAGGUGCCCAAAUCAUAUGUAAGUGGGGGAUCUUGGGUAUUGUAUCUUGCAUAAAUAUUUAUGUUUGUAUAUGUGUAUAUAGCAGAGAUGGGGACGUGGUUUACUUAAGUCACCACACGCAUCUCAGACUUGAGACUUGACUUGGACUCGCCACCAGCGACUGGCUGAUCAUAUAACGUCAGCUUUGCCGAGCUGAGCAUCAUUAAUUCUCUUCCUCCCCUUCCCGUGACUUGUAGGUAACAACCACCGACCUUAAACACUAUGAGGAGCGUGGGUCAUUAUCACGUCGGGCCACACAAGAGUUCAGUCGAGGUCAAACCCAAAGCUGUUAAAUGCAUCUUUGGGAGCGAGAUAAAGGAUGCUGGCUCAAACAUGUCAAACUUAGAUAAGCGUUAGCGUGCUUCAUUUAAUUAGCUCUACCCUUGGAUUUGAAAAAGAAGCGCUGCUGCAUUUUGAUAGUUGCGUUCAACCUACGGUUUGCUGCUGUUCAAAAUAGCGUCAUGAUUGCCAACGCUUUCAUUGACUCUUUUUAGAUGCGCGUACAUGCUGACACGGGGGUUCUCAAAGUCUGACGAGUACCUCCCCUGGCAAAAGACUUCAGCACAGCUGCUCGAGAAUAAUAAAGAAAAUCUCCCUUUUCAAACCUGCUUAGCUAACUUCAGUUAGGUCGAUGGUAAAAUUACUUCAUUUUUAGUGCCAAUGGUGAGUAGGGAGGGAGUUGAAAACUUGACAAAAUAUGCUCCAGGGAGUAAGGGAGUCCCCAACAGUAUUCUCUGAGGGGAGACCAUACCUUUGUAUUAUAAAAUAAGGGAAAUGUUCCGGAAAAAUAAAUGAAAAUGAGGGAAAUUCUGAUCUUUGUGUUAUUUUAUUGGCGUGCUGCUUUUUAUUUUGAAGGCCUGACUUUUCUGGCCACAUGAUGCAUUGCGUCAAUGUCGCAGAGAGGACAGGAACAGAAUCAGGAUUUAUUUUUACAUGAAAGAUACAAACAGGAAAACUAUUCAAAUGGGAGGGAUAGAUCUUUGACAACCGCUGCUAUAGCGCAAAGGACAGUGUGCUAACUGCAGGUGAAAGAGACUUGAAACUUCACUUGGACUUUAACCAAAUACUUGAGCCUUGACUAGGAUUUGCAUCUCAGAGAUUUGUGACCUGAGCUUAAUGACUUGAGACUAGCAGAAAAUGACUUGUGCACAUAUCUAGUAUAGAAAUGUAAGAACCAAAUAAAAAAACUGCCUCAGUGUCAGUUUCGUAACAGAAUGACUUCCCCACUUUUGUUGUUGCACUGGAGUUUUGACGGCACUUUUCUGCAGGGUUGCACACUUGAAAAUGAAAAGUGAAGGAAUGGGAAUUCCCGAAUAAAGCAUGCGCAUAAUGAAUGUUUCAAAUGACCCUUGCUUUGGAAUCACUUUUGUAAAAAAAAAAUUAAAAAAAAAAAAAAUUGUGGAAUGAGGGAUAUGUGAAAUUCAGUCCACGUUGUUCCCAGAGACCUUCAUUGACAUUUCUCCGAGCCAUAACACUGAGUUCCUGAUAAGAGACGACUCCCACACUCUCAGGGAGAAACACUGGUUUUGGUAUUUGUUGCUCCUUUGUUCAUGGAAGCAUGUAUCAGGUGUGCAACUAUUACUGCAUGAAAUAAAGAUUUCAGAUAUUUGGACUUUCAGGCUUCUCCUAAUCGAUCCAUGACAACACACACACAUGAAUACAGUCUACAGUGGUGCUCAUACUGACAUUGCAUUCAUUUACAGAAACAAUGUACGGUACACAAUUACUGUAUUUUGGUAUCAAGUGCUGUGUGGGGCCAGUUUUAAAUAUGCAGUAUAUGCACAGUACUGUAUAGUCAUGUGAACAAUGUGAACAAAUAAAUAUUUUUCUAACGUCCAACUUCUACUGUCUUUGUAUGAAUGAAUGGGAGUGGGGCCUGGAGGGCAUUUGCGGCCCGCAGAUUAUUAACGACCCGCAACGUAUACGUUUUAAUUAGGACCACACCCCAAAGGUAAUAAAAGACUGUUGAAAGAUAUCAAAUCAAUAUUGGUUCUUCCACAUCCUGUACGUAUUUACCUAUAAAGACAAACCUCGGUUUUCGUAUGGCCCAAAUUGUCACCAAAAUUUUGCCGACUCACUGUCCGUGCAUUUCUUGAGUGUGACUGCUAAAUAGCACGCCAUGGGGCCAAAGUACA